AUGGAUCAGGUAGUGACUAACAGUGUAAGAAUGAUGGAUGAGAAUGUUACUGAUCUCAGUCACGCAAUAGUUUUAGAAGUAAAAGAUAACAUUGAUAUUGGAGAAUACCUAAAUGCAGUAGGUAAAAUAAUAAAUCCCAAAGAGAUAAUAUUUGCAUCACAAGUAUCUGAGUUCGUCUGUAUGUUCCUAUCAAGCUGGCAAUUAGCAGAUACCCUCAUAUUCAAAAACAAAGAAAUUGAUAUUAAAGGCCAUAAGUUGAAAAUUAAACCUCUUCAAGCUACAAUCAUUGCGUUGGAAAACGUAUUCCCUACAAUUCCUAAUGAUCUAAUUAAAGAAAAAUUUCAACAAUAUAAUAUCAAAAUAAGAGAGUUUCGAUGUGGAAUAUAUAACAAAAUGCAUCCUAAUUAUUCACAUGUUCGUACCUUCAAAAGAUACGUAAGUGUAAAUUCACAAGUUCCUAUUCUACCACCUAUCUUACAAAUUGAGCAUGCAGGUGUGAUCUAUGCCAUUAAAGUAGCCAUAUUGAAAUUCUGUUCUGCAUGUUACAAAAUAGGCCACAUCGCAACAAGCUGCAAUUUUGUCAACUGUAAUCCUGAACAAAAUUUUCAGGAUAAUUCGAUAAAGAUAGAACCUGGCACUUUUGAGCAAAAUUUAAAUGAAGAACAAAACGAAGAGAACACAUAAUGACACAAAGUGAACAAUCCUAUGGAACGUCAUUCUACUUCUAGUAAACCACAGAACAUAGUUGCACAGAAAGAAAUCUAGCCGAGUUAAUUACUAUUCCAUUUAACCGAAUGUUAUUAAAUUUUCAAUAUUCCAUACCGUUACAGAAGUGACUAUUACAUUCAAAAGAAACAAAAAAAUGGAUAGUAGAAAUAUACUGCCGUUAGAGCAGGACUCUCAGCAAGUAGUAAACCUGCCACGGGGGUGGGCGCCCGCCGACGUCCAUACUUGCCCGCGUGCACUGUUACGAGCGCAAGGUGCGUAUUUACCUCGAGCAAGAAACGUUUGGGAGCGAAGAAGCUGCUUCAGCGUUACAUAUCCUCCUACUAUCGAUCGUUAAAUCACAGUAGUAGAAACAACGAUGCCCGUAACAAUUCCGACAGCAUUCAGGCGCCCGUAUGGGCAAUUUGAGCGUACUUGUUUCAGAGUUCACAUGGAACUAAAUAUUAGACACAAGGACACAGUACCAGGACAUCAAUUCAAAUAUGGAAUACAGAUUGAAGAAAUGCAAGAUUUAACUUUACAUAUUGAGUCAGAAGAAACUGUCUAUGACACCACUUCAUCGUUUCUUACGAACCGGAAGUAUCGGUUAAUCUAAAUCACGUUAAGAAUGGACCAUUCGAACUUAGAUUAUUCCUUUAUUGCUACCAUUAUUUACGGUAUGUGCAAUAUGAUAAAUUUCAUCAAGUUUAACAUAGAAAACCUCAAAAAUGCGAUAUCGAAAAGUCACAGCAAGAGCGAAUUAAGACUUCUUGGGCCCGGGCUAUCAAAUCUUCGACGACCCUCUUGGUUGAUAAACUUGGUUAAAAAAAAAAUGACAAUUUUAGAUAAUAAUGUAAUAAAAUAUAAAAUUAAGAGAAUAAAAACAGAAACGCAGAAACCCAAGGAACAUAGAUAGAGAAUCUAUUAUUUAUUUUUAUUAACAUUAAAUUAGAUAA